AUGAACAGAACUCACCCUCAGAAUUUUGAUACAGCUUCCCUUGGCUCAACAAAAUCACUCUUCACCACUAAAAGAGGUAACUUAUGCAUCCCUUGCACUCGACGAUGCAUCUGUAUAUCUGCCAUUGGUUUUGUUAUACUUGCCAUUAUUGCUGCUGCCAUUAUAUUAAUUGUCACAGUUGGUAUUCCCCCAUAUACAGCAGUAAAUCGUUUAUGUGUGACUACUAGUAAUCAGACAGGUUUUUUAUGUGACAACAGAGAGACCUGCAUACCAGCCAGCCAAGUCUGUGACACAAGAAGAAAUUGUAUAAAUGGAGAGGAUGAGCAAGACACACUAUGUAGUGAUUUGCCGAACAGCCUUCCAGAUUACUUGAUAUUUCAUUGCAGCAAUCCCAGAUUUUGGAUAUAUGCAGACAAAAGAUGCAAUGGGAUCAAUGACUGUGGAGACUGCUCUGAUGAAGUGGGGAUCUGGGCCAGCUGCCCUCCUUGUGGGUCUCAGUGGUGGAGCUGCACCAUGGUAGUGUUUCAUAUAUAUUGUACUUGCAUUCCCAGAAGCCUUUGUCGAGAUGGAAUACAGCAUUGCUUUGACUGGUCUGAUGAAUAUAUCUGCACAAAAUGA